AUGACGAUUCAGCAAGCGAGCUUCUCUCCUUACGACAACAAUGGAGGCACCUGCGUGGCGGUUGCCGGUGCCGAUUAUUGUGUGAUUGCGGCGGACACUCGAAUGUCCACCGGCUACAAUGUUUUGACCCGCGAUUAUUCCAAAAUACGUCAAUUAGCGGACAAAUCUGUUUUGGCUUCCUCUGGAUUUCAGGCUGAUGUUAGAGCUCUGCAAAAGGUCCUUGAAGCUAGGCACUUGACAUAUCAGCAUCAACAUAACAAACAGAUGAGUUGUCCUGCUAUGGCUCAACUACUCUCAAACACCCUAUAUUACAAAAGGUUCUUCCCUUAUUAUGCUUUUAACGUUCUGGCUGGUCUCGACCAGGAAGGCAAGGGUUGCGUGUUUACAUAUGAUGCCGUGGGAUCUUAUGAGAGGACCGGUUACAGUGCACAGGGGUCUGGUUCCACACUGAUUAUGCCCUUUUUGGAUAAUCAGCUGAAAUCUCCAAGUCCCCUUUUGUUACCUGCUCAGGAUGCUGUCACGCCACUUUCAGAAUCAGAAGCUGUUGAUUUGGUAAAAACUUGUUUCGCUUCAGCUACCGAGAGGGAUAUCUACACAGGCGACAAGCUGGAGAUUCUUGUAUUAAAUGCUCAGGGAAUUCGUCGUGAGUACAUGGAACUUAGGAAAGAUUGA